AUGGCCUGCAGACCUAGAAGCCCACCCCAUUAUGGGAGUCUCUGCGACAGUGGUGCGAGCUGGCGGUCCCCUGAGACAUGGAGUCUCGGACACAAGCACCGAGCAGACGGAAGGGACCCGAAGCCUGAGGACUCCGAAGAAGGUGAGCUCCAGACUGUGGACCACGGACCUGAAAGCUUUGCAACUCCUGAAGGCCAUAAGCCCCGUUCUAGAUGUUCUGACUGGGCCAGUGCAGUUGAAGAAGAUGAAAUGAGGACCAGAGUUAACAAAAAGAUUGCAAGGUACAAAAGAAAACUACUCAUAAAUGACUUCGGGAGAGAGAGAAAAUCAUCAUCAGGAAGUGCUGAUUCAAAGGAGUCUAUGUCUUCAGUGCCUGCUGAUGUAGAGACGGAUGAAAGUGUCUUGAUGAGAAGGCAGAAGCAGAUCAACUAUGGAAAGAACACUAUUGCCUAUGAUCGGUACAUUAAAGAGGUCCCGAGACACCUGCGACAACCUGGAAUCCAUCCCAGGACCGCCAAGAAAUUUAAGAGAUAUAGCCGGCGGUCAUGGGACCAACAGAUUAAACUCUGGAAGGUGGCUUUGCAUUUUUGGGAUCCUCCUGCUGAAGAAGGAUGUGAUUUGCAAGAAAUACAACCUGUAGAUCUUGGAGAAAUGGAGACAGAGUUCACAGAAAGCAGCUCUGAGUCUCAGACAAGUUCACAGGAUAACUUUGAUGUGUAUGCUGGCACACUCACCAAAGUCAGACAUGUGGACUGCCAAUUGGAGGAUGAGUUUGAUUUGGAAGCUUGCUUGACAGAACCUUUGAAAGACUUCUCUCCCAUGAGUUAA